AUGCCAGUACCGCCUCAAGACAACCAUCGAGAAUCUCUGGAACCUGUUCCCCGAACACCAAGCCCACACCCGUCUCGCAAUGAAGACAAUGAGCACGAUGUUGAUGCGGAUGGUUACCAGGGCGACAUGGACGAACAUCUGCACCAACAAUCCCCCCAUGCAGACGUCGACACAGAAUUUUUUGGGCGUGGCAAUCAUCUUUAUCGCAAUUAUCACACAGGUCUUAACGGUAGACCAUGUGAUGUUAAUGGUGUAUUCCUCCCCCCUGGCGCUCCACCUCCACCUCCUGAGAAUCUCGCACCUGAUGACUGGACGCCUUUUCGAAACCGCACAGAAUUUGAAACGGCCGAGUUCCUUUACAAGCACAAUCAAAUGCCAGCUGGUCAAAUUGACCGGCUACUGGAUCUAUGGGCAUCUACCCUCACGAAGCACAACGACAACCCGCCGUUUGCAGAUCACCAUGAUCUGUACCAUGUCAUCGACAGUUCGCCCUUUGGGGAUGUACCAUGGCAACGUUUUAUGGUCGCCUAUGAUGGCGAGAGACUUGCAGAUGAGGACAAGCCCUGGAUGGACAGCGAAUACGAAGUCUGGUUCCGCGACCCACGUGAAGUUGCGCAUAAUAUGCUCACAAAUUCGACUUACACUAACGAGAUAGAUUACUGCCCGUAUAGGGAGUAUUCAACUGAGGGCAACAAGCGCCAAUGGAAGGAUUUCAUGUCUGGCGACUGGGUGUGGAAUCAAGCAGACGAAAUCGCGAAAGACCCAAGCACUCUCGGGUCGACAUUUGUCCCUGUCAUCCUUGGCAGCGACAAAACGACAGUUUCAGUCGGAACGGGUAACAACGAGUACUACCCGCUCUAUGCUUCCAUUGGGAACAUCCACAAUAACGUUCGAAGAGCGCAUCGCGAUGGUGUGGCCGUCAUUGGGUUCCUGGCAAUGCCGAAAAUAACGCAUUUUGGAGAUGGCCACUACCGGCGUGUCAUAUAUGGACUAGGGCCUUACAUAGCGGAUUACGAAGAGCAAGUUUUAUUAGCGUGCAUUGUCCGUAAUUGGUGUCCAAAGUGUGUUGCAAAUUGCGAAGAUCUUGACGAAGAUGCGCUGCCCCGUAGCCGCAAAUAUACAGAGGCACUCAUUGAAGAAGCUCCCUCAGGAGAUCUUUGGGAAGACUUCGGAAUAGUCACGCAACUUGUGCCAUUCACAAACGACUUUCCCCGAGCCGAUAUCCAUCAAAUGAUAUCACCAGAUAUCCUCCAUCAACUUAUAAAAGGCACCUUCAAGGAUCACCUCGUAACAUGGGUCGAGAAGUACCUCCGUCAGACACACAACAAAUGGAAGGCACAGAAAAUUAUGGAUGAUAUUGACCGCAGAAUCACUGCUGUCGCCUCGUUUUCAGGCUUGCGACGAUUUCCUCAAGGGCGCGGAUUCAAACAGUGGACAGGAGAUGACUCCAAGGCCUUGAUGAAAGUCUAUUUACCUGCUAUCGAGGGCCAUGUACCUCAAGACAUCGUUCGCGCCUUUCUCCGUCGCAAUAUCAUCACCGAAGACUCUCUACUUCAAAUCAAAGACGCACUCUCUCAUUUUCACCGUUACCGUGAAAUCUUCAGGACAACGGGUGUCAUCCUUCACUUCUCCUUACCUCAUCAACACUCGCUCAUGCACUAUGUUCGAAACAUUCGACUCUUUGCUGCACCCAACGGUCUCUGCUCGUCAAUCACCAAGAACAAGCACAUCAAAGCGGUCAAGGAGCCUUGGCGACGAUCGAGCCGUUACAAUGUGCUUGGUCAGAUAUUACUGACCAAUCAAUGGCUCGACAAACUUUCAGCACUGCGAGUCGACUUCAUGCGUCGGGGGAUGCUCACUGGCACUUGUCUCUCAGCAGUCAAUGCCUUAGCAGCACUCGAACCUGCUCAAGCAGCAGCAGCAGCAGAUAUGGAUGCGCCUGCGCCUGCCCCACCCAUACCCACCCCACCUCCCUUGAUCAACAUUGAUGUGGACCUCGACAUAGACAACGGGCCCACAGUUCUACAAGUGUUCGUAACACUGGCAAAAACCCGCCAGGGCAAAAAUCGCGCUCAAACCAUUCCUGAACUCGCUGAUGAACUUAAUAUUCCUCACCUAUCUGACCUUCUCAGACGCUUCUUAUUUCAACAGACGCAUCCUGAUGAUCCCCGCGAUCCAUCCGAUAUCCCUCUUGCUGAAUGUCCCCUCUAUCUCAGCAAAAUUGCGGUCUUCAACUCAGCAUCAUCGCGAUUUUAUGCACCGAGCGAUUUGAGUGGUAUUGGUGGCAUGCGCACUGAACACAUCCGCUCUUGUCCCUCCUGGCGAGGUGGGCAUUCACGCAACGACUGUGUCUUUGUCAACACAGACUCUAGUCUACCUGGCAUGCAAGGUCUCGAAGUCGCACAUGUUCGCGCAUUUUUUUCAUUCCAGUACUGGGGCGAAGUGUAUCCCUGCGUUGUGGUUCGCUGGUUCAACAAAAUCGGCGAUGCUGCAGACAAAGACACGGGAAUGUGGAUGGUUCGUCCAGGAGAGGGUGCAAACAAUACUGCUGAGUACGCAAUCAUUCAUAUUGACGCCAUUUAUCACGCUGCCCAUCUUAUUCCCGUGUACGGCACGGAAUUCCUGCCUCCAGAGCUCAAAUUUUAUCAUUCCUAUGAUGCAUUCCGCGCCUACUAUGUCAAUAAAUACGCUGACCAUCACGCCUUUGAGAUUGCAUUUUGA